CCCCUCUUAUUAGUCGAUUGAAGACACCAUUGGCAUUAACAAAAAAUCGGACAGAUCAUCAAGUUGUUGGAAGUUCAGUGUUAUCGAUUCGCGAUUAUUGAGUUUUGAUACCCAUGAUGCAUCAGCCUGUGCAGUCAGGACGGCUUCUCGACACCAAGCAGGUCCUCGGAGAGCAUCUGUUUGCCAAGGUGUCUGAAUUGCAUGAUGGGAAGACUGAUCGCAUCACAGGGAUGCUUCUGGAAGCCAAGAACGAAGAUGUGAUGAGGAUGUUAGAGGAUGCUACCUUUCUCAGAAGAAGAAUAGAAGGUGCUCUUAGGGUGAUACAAGAGGAAGAUAAAUCAGCAAGCGGAAAGGAACAAAUUGGUGAAGAACUCUUUACACUUGUAUCCAAAAUAGAGCCUAUUCAGUGUGCCAAGAUAACAGGUAUGCUUCUGGAGUUGGAUGUAAAGGUGAUCUGUCGAUUGCUCACAUCACCUUCAGAGCUCAGGCAAGCCGUCCAGAAAUCGCUAAGCUCUCUCAAGGCCGAUGGUAGUCGCAGAGAAGAAAUGGGAGAGCAUCUUUACGGGUUGGUGGCUAGUCGUUACACUGAGGAGUCUGCUGCCAAGAUCACCGGGAUGCUGCUUGAGAUGUCAGAUACGCAACUUCAUCAGAUGAUGCAGGACAAGACAUUCCUAGAAGAAAAUAUAAGACUUGCAGAAGAAGCUCUUUCAAGUCAACAACCAAGAUGACACACAAUGAAUACUAAUUGACUCCACCAAAUGAGGCGGGACAAGACACAAAGACGUAACUCCAUAUUUUGCCAAAAUGAGUACAAAUCGAUAU